GCCAGGCUGGCUGCGUGCUCAGUCUGACAGCCGCCGCGCGCGCCGCUGCAUGUGCCACGCAUCUCACACAUCGCUCACACGAACGUUGCCAAAUUGUGACCGCGAACAGUGCAUAAGUUUAAUCCUUCAACUAUGUUCACGUUAUGAAUGGAUUUCAUGUCACUUUGACUUGUGAGGAUAAACGUAAUCCUACAGUAUGUGGUCCACGACGGGGCUGGGCGCUCGCGUGGGCGCCGCGCUGGUGCUGGCCUGGUCGCUGACGCUGGGCGCCGGUCGCCAUGAGCCCAAGAACUACUCGCACGAAUUCGGCCAACCCACAGAUAUGUCCCUCUGGAUUGACGAGCGGCAAAUACGGAUGUUCAGCGGUAUUUCAAUGGAAGUAUACGCGAUAGUGAACGGCAACGUUUCGCCCUACGUGCUGGACCCGAAUUUCUCUACAAAACUUCCCAUCAUACCGUCAGAGGUUGGAUACGUUAACUUUACGUGGAUGUCGUGCUGUAAAAAGUAUUAUUAUCAUUUUGACACACUGACGUCAUCAGAUCCUAAGAUAUUGAAGGCACCAUACCUGUCCAUAAAGAAAAAGGGAAGAGUGCCUAAAAAAGCCAAAGAAUUUAGCCUUUUCUUGCCAUGUGUGGAAAACAACAGUGGAGUGGUAACUUUAGAAAUAGGAUUAGUUUUAAAAACCGGCAGAGGCAUACCACUGAAAGGUACUCCUUUAAGACUAAGUCUAAAGAAGGAAUGCGCACAGAGAGGUGUGUAUUUAGCAAGAACAGGUCCCGACGCAGAAUGUGACAAAAAGUGCGCGAACCAGGGCUGGUGCAAUAACGACAAGAUCUGCCAGUGCCCCGAGGGCUACAUGGGGCAGUACUGCCGCACCGCGCUGUGCUACCCGCAGUGCAUGAACGGGGGCAACUGCACGGCCCCCGGGGUGUGUAGCUGUCCUACUGGGUAUCAGGGGCGACAUUGUGAAGGAGGUAUAUGUUCACAAAAGUGUUUAAAUGGAGGCAAAUGCAUACAAAAGGACACAUGUGACUGUCCUAAAGGCUACUACGGAUUAAGAUGUGAAUUUUCAAAAUGUGUAAUCCCAUGUCUGAAUGGUGGAAGAUGUAAAGGAGUGAACAAGUGCCGCUGCCCUGUUGGACUGCAAGGCAAUCACUGUGAGGUGGGCCGCAGACUCGGCGGCUCGGACUGCUCGAGGGGCUGCAGACAUGGCACAUGUGUCAACGGAACAUGUGUGUGCGAGCCCGGGUGGCGAGGCAGACUGUGCCACCGGAGUUAUGGAUCUUCAGAAGAAUCUGGUGAAUACAAGAGGCCCCGAUGAAGACAACCAAUUACAAUGACAAAUAAUUACUUAAUGAUGUGAUUUUUACUUAUUUUAUUAUUUUUAUACAUAUUAGUUUUAUAGAGAUUAGUCAUUUAGUAUUAACAUUUUAUGUUAUGUAUUUUAUUAUUAUUAUGAUAUUGGCUAAGAGAAAAUAUGUUCCGAGUUUAAUAAGGCUAUCAAUAAAAUAUAAAAUUAA